GUGAGGAGGCGUGUGUGACAUUUGCUGCAAGAAGCUAGUUUAUGAAGAGCUAGUAGCCGGAUAAAGAAGAAGAAUUAGGGAAGAAAAGAGAUAAUAUUUUGCAUUUUAGCCACUCAGCUGACGUUUGCGUUACACUUUGUAAUCGUAUUCGCAUCAGAGAAGACAGUUUAUAUCAAAUGUAGCGUAAGGUAAAACUUCCUGUAUUGCUAAAUAGUAGGCUAACGCUCUUUUUUAAUCUCAACUUAUAAAUGUUCGGGUUGACGUGGUUUUCUAGUUUGCUCUAAUGAAAUGAUGAUUCUUAUCAGUUAACUCCAGUUAUUUUUUUAUUUUUUUUCUAUUGCACUAUGUGUUAUCGUUAGCGAUUAAGCCGACUUGGCUAACUGCCUUUUGCACACAAGGUUAAAAUUAGCUUUAGCCAGCUAGCUCCUCACUCCCCUCUCUGCUGCAGCUUUUACACUUUCUUAUGCUGACUUGUCAGGACAGGUGUGCUGAAAGUAGGCCAUGUGUGUUGUGGGAUAGAUAGGAUCUGCAACUUAAUCAUACUGGUCAGAGAGUAAGUCCUACAGUCUACUUCAGGGAUUUUUUGUUACUUUAGUGGAGUCAGAGGUGGGACCAUGCUGCUCUCCUUGGUUGUGCACACAUACUCGCUGCGGUACUGGUUUCCAGCCACGAUCAUGCUGGGAACAGCCCCAGCUUAUCUGCUGUCAUGGGGGGCUUGGCGCUUGCUGUCAACUGUCUUACCAGCGAGGAUGUAUCACAAGCUGGACGACCGACUGUACUCCAUGUACCAGAGUAUGGUCCUGUUCUUCUUUGAAAACUACACAGGAGUUGAGGUUGUUAUAUAUGGAGAUAUACCAAAGAACAAAGAGAAUGUGAUCUACCUGUCUAAUCACCAGUGCACAGCGGACUGGAUCAUUGCUGACAUGCUCGCCAUCAGGCAGAGCGCUCUCGGACAUGUCAGAUACGUCCUUAAAGAUGGACUCAAGUGGCUCCCACUGUACGGAUGGUAUUUCGCUCAGCAUGGAGGAGCUUAUGUGAAACGAAGUGCAAAGUUUAAUGAAAAAGCAAUGAAGAAGAAGCUACUCACUCUGACUCAAUCUGGAGCACCGAUGUACCUUGUCAUCUUCCCAGAAGGAACUCGGUAUAAUCCAGAGCUCAAGAAUGUUAUCGCUGACAGUCAGGCUUUUGCUACGAAAGAAGGUCUGGCGAUCCUGAAGCACACACUUACACCCAGGAUGAAGGCCUCUCAUAUAGCCCUGGAGUCCAUGAGGCACCACCUGGACGGUGUGUAUGACAUCACAGUGGCCUACGAGGGAACGCUGGACGUCUCCGGAAAAAGGAAACCUGCGCCAUCAAUGCCGGAAUUCCUGUGCAAAGAAUGUCCCCGAGUCCACAUACACUUUGACCGCGUGGACAUAAAGGAAAUUCCUUCAGAGCCACUGUUUUUCCGCAGGUGGCUGCAUGAGCGGUUUGAAAUCAAGGACCGGCUGCUGACGGAUUUCUACGAGUCGAAGGAUGAAGACAAAACAUGCAAGUUCCCCGGAGGAGGCAAACAUUCUCCUCUGAACCUUUCUAAAACCCUCCCAUCAGUGAUUAUCUUGGGGGGACUGACACUGCCAUUACUGCUGACGGAGAACGGCAGGAAACUGUACGUGAGAACCUGGGUGUACGGGACACUGCUGGGUUGGCUGUGGGUAAACGCUUUUCCUUAACGAACAGGGCAGAGGCUGCCACGAUGAGACGCACAAAAGACAUGGGGAGAGACAUUGCCAUUUUUCCUGUAUCGCAACAACACAAGGUGUGUUCCAGAUGCAGAGCAGUGUCUGAUAAGAGGCUCAGAGAUUUACCCUACAUGUCUGGCUCACUGAUGACCUUGAGCUGAAAGCUGAACGGAGAUACAGAGAAAUGUUAAGCUUUUUGUGCUACUUGUUCCCUCGCGUUGUUUGGAUUUGCAGCCUGAUAUGAUGAGAAAACGAGAGGAUUUGGUGAGAAAUGUUCUCAAAAAUACCCCUUGUUAUUUACUAUGUAAUAAAAAAACAACUAUAUACUUAUCUUAAAAUAAUCCCCCCUUCAUCAAAUUUAGCCAAAUUAGUACUCAUGCAUGCACAUGUCAUCAAACAUUGGCCCAAAUAAAAGCUCUUAUAUGACAUAUUUUUUUGAGAACCAAAGUUCUCUCAAAUCAUUUAAUGAUCAUGUUCAGCUGCUGUUUGUAGCUGACACAGUACACCAGCUGACUGAUGAUAGAUCAUUAAUUAUUAAAGUGCACUGACGCAUUGACAUUGGUUCUACUGUUAUUUAUGCCAAGUCCAUGUCAGGCGGUUUAUGCACUUUGCUCAUUUAAAGUGAUGUUUUUACAUUAGUAGAACAAAAUAAAUAGCAUGCAGUCCUCUAUAGGGGCUCAUAAACAUGACACCAGCUGCAUUGUUUACCAUAAUUAUUCAUAUUCAUCACUUUGUUAUUUGUACUGAUAAUGAAUGUAGCUGUAAAAACUCUUAUGCAUACCUGAAGGACUAAUUUUCUUUUUUCCCCUGACACCCACGAUCUUAAAGGGAUAUUUCUGUUUUUUAAGUGGGGUUGUAGGUUUUUGUCCAUAGUUGGUGUAUUGCUUACAGAAGAUGUAACCCUGUUUGCUUGCAGGGUAGUUGAGAUAUUUACUGGUAUGCACAGGGGUCGCAGCAAGAACAUCAGUAUCACUUUUAGUGUACGCCAUAUUUAGAAUUUUUUCACCGCCUUACCUUACUGUCAGACUCUUUCUUGGCCUCCAGUUUCCAUAGAAGUUCUUCUCUUUCAGCCGUUCAGUCUACCUCUGCAAAAGUUCUGCUCCUGUAUACUCCGAUUUCAUAAACGUACCCUCAUGUCUCCACAGCAUCGUUGAGCUGAUAUGCAGAUUAAUACAGUGAGCGGCACAGUAGCGCUUAUGAGAAGGAAUGUGGAAGUUCCACUGUUGAAAAAAGUAGUGCCAAAAGAAAGGUGAUCUGACAGCAAGGUAAAGUGGUGAAAUUAUUCUAAGAAUGAGGAGCAAUAGGUAGCUAACAUGUAUUUUGCUGCUGCCCCUAUCCACAGCAGUACAUUGCUUUGCUUUUUCGUUGGUACUCCUGUCUGCUUCUCCGAACUGGGGUCAUGCUGAUCGCCAUCUCCUGUAGAUAAUACACUGAACAUGGAGAAGUGCCUCAUACAAGACCACUCCAAAAAUCCAAAACAUCCCUUUCAUUUAAUAAUAUUAAUAUUCUUGAAAACCUCAAUUUAUUGUCUGUUUUUAAGUCUUUGUCGCUAUAAACUGGCAGAAGCCACGGUGAGCUCAUAUGGAGGAGUGCAUGUUAAAAAAAUGUUCUACCAAUACUAUUGCUUUAACCUCAAAAUGUCAAGAAUUGCCAAAACCUGGUGUAUUAAACAUAAUUUUCUACAUGUAUUUUAAGUUGAGCAAUACUUGUUUAAAGCCUGCCUGGGUGACAGCAAAGGAACCUAAUGUCUUUGUCCUUUUUUCUCCUUUUUUGGCUUAAAUGCAUUAUAAUUUGAUUUUUUAUAUAUAUAUAUAUCUAUAUAUAUAAAAUUAUAUUCACAUUUCCAUAACUUUUAUAUGCAUUUGUUACUUUGAAUACCAUGUUACAGCUCACAUGAAAGUAUCUACCUAGCAAAAAGCUGACAAAGCCAUUUUAACAGUAUAUCACAGGUUCCUGUGCACUUAAGCCAUUUGUAUUAUAAAUGUCACUGUAUUGUGAAAUGCACUGUUUGUCCAUUGCUGUUUACUGUAAUGAAACCAUUGCAUUUUCCAUGAGUCACUUUACAUGAUUGCUGUCUCGUCUUCGUCUAGAGUUAGUCUGAGAUAUGUUUUCCUCAUGUGAAUGGUACAGUAAGUCUCAUAGUUUUUACAUGUCGCUCCAAUACCUCACUUGAAUAAUCCUUCCUUGUUAUUAAAUGACUCUUGUCAGCCAUUUUAUAGUCAUUUUUAUCCUGACAAGGUCAGACUGUAACUCAUCAGGAAAAACUCUGUGUAGACAGUAUUUAAAUGCCAACUGAUUUUGGAAAUGUGUGCCUUCUCUUUGGAGGAGUUGGUCCUCAGCGCUCUCUCAGAGGGCCACAGCAGCUCUUUUCCACCAGGUGACUGCAUGGGAACGCUCUGCUGGAGCUGCUGCUCACUGCAGCAUGUGGUCACAUUGUCUACGGUUCAUAGUGGCUUAUUUUGCUUGAAGAAUGCAUUGAUUUACACUUUUUGAGGACUAUUAUAAAAUGAUGAUGAAACCUUUAAUGUAUGUAAGUUCUGGAAAUGGGAUCAGAGUAAAAUAAAGUGGUUUUCUUUG